UGUUUCCCAAAUAUAACACAAACGGUUUCCAUUGCUUAAUCUUCUUCAUCCUUCCGACUCAUAGAUUCUCAAUCAAGCUUCUUUGGUUAUCGAGAGGUGACUUAGCUUGAACUGACUCUCGAAUUGCUGUAUUCUCCGAGAUCGGAGACAAACGGAUUGGAUCUGGAGAUCAGAUACUGUUCUAAAAUCCUCAUUUUUCAUAUAUUCACUGCAAUUUCGCUCUUGGGCUCUUGAUCUAAGGGUUUUAUUUACUUAAUGAAUCUAGUGUCAACUCAGUGGUGGAGUAUCCUUUUCAUUUUGAUCUGGUUGUAAGGCUUGGUGGAAGGCAAAACUGAUUUAGAGAGGAAAUUCAGAAAUGUCGGCACUCUUCAAUUUCCACUCCUUUUUGACAGUAGUGCUGUUAGGGAUUUGUACAUGCACUUAUGUGAAGAUGCAUUUUCCUGCACUUCUUGAACAGAGAACUGGGUUUCGAGGUUUCUUUUGGAAGGCUGCUAGAAUAGGUGAACGGUUGAGUCCUUGGGUGGCAGUGGGCUGCUUGACGAUGGGUGUUUCAAUAAUCUUCUUCUGAGAGAACAACUGUUUGUAAUUCAUGAACGUACACUCUGAGCUGGGCUUAAAUUAGCACUUGAAUCUGUUUUUCAUCAAAUGAUCUAUUCGAUUAAAAGAUGGCACGAAGCUUGAUGUGAGACCAACACUACUUUCUUGAUCAUGAACUGAGUUUUGUCGUGUGGAAUUUUGGAUUGUGACAAUGUUGGACUCUCUGUUGUGUCCUUUUCUUUAGACUAAUUAUUUUACUGGAAGUAGUUAUACUUUUGUGUCAAGAAGUCUGAUGCCGCCUUCUACUUGUUUAAAUGAUGAGUAUCAUCAAUCAUGUCA